CGGGGUUCCAGGGCAAUGGAGAGGGUCAGACCAUCACAGGUACAGUGGAGGGUCUUCAAUGUUUCAUCAGCUAGAGCAGGUACAGUGGAGGGUCUUCAAUGUUUCAUCAGCUAGAGCAGGCCGAGCGAUGUCGAUCGCAACGAGCAACUCAGGAGAUUUGUUGUCGGAGCUUUGGGUUUGCUAGGGUUGAUUGCUGUCGUUAUGCGCGUCUCACAUCAGCAGCAUCCACAGGCGCUUCAAGCUCGUGCUGCCUCUUUUCAGCAGUGGCCCAGCAGCAACAUCCCGAAUAUCCCGAACUCCCAGCAGCUGCUGUCGGCCUACCAGUCAGCUGCGAUGCCUCAAGUGAGGAACGUGCCCCUCCAAGUGGCUCCCAAGUAUCCGGCGCUCGCCGAGGCCACAGCGAGCAGCGCGGGAGGGCAGCAGCAGAUCGAAGUCACCUCCUCAGGGCAUCGGCACCCGACCAUAGAAGAUGUUCAGAAAGUCGAGAGCAAGUUCAGCUCCUGGGUGAAUAUCCAGAAAUGCAUCGAGAAUCUGCUCAAGAACGCGCGCUACUAG